AUGGAGGGAUUCGCCGUCUUUUGCUUCGUCUGUGUCUUCGGUGUCGUGUCUGGCGGGGUGGAGACGGGAGUGGAGGUUUUCCCUGUGGAGCCGUUGACAGAGGGGGAGAAGGGGGAGGUGCUCAUUAUGGUCCAGCAAAGUUUCGAUGUCGGGAAUCUCUCCCUGACUCUCGUCGCAGAACCGGAAGAGCCAUGGAGAUUGGAGGUCGUCGAGCCAAGGAUGAUCGUGGUCGUCGGCGAGAACGUGACGCUGAAGCUUCUACCUCAUUGGCUGGGUCGCACAGGCAUUCGCAUCAAGCUCACAGAUCAAACGGGUUCCGUCGUGGCCGAAGAAGUCGUGAAGGUCACGAUAUUACGGCAGAUUAGGAUCAUCGAUCGAAUCUUCAUGAUAGUUCUCACGUGCAUGGUUGUGGUGAAUAACGUGAAUAUGGGGUGCCAAUUGGAUCUCAAUGUCAUCAAGGAGACAUUGAAACGGCCGAUCGGACCAGCCGUCGGUUUCUUCUCUCAGUUCACCGUAAUGCCUCUGGUUAGUAGUGUACUUGCUGGUUAA